AUGGAACAAGUUGCGUGGAUGUUUUUGUCUGUUUGCAUUUCUGCCUUUCCAUUCACACAAGUGUCCGCGGAAGCUGAUUUUAAUGUCGACAGAUGGGGUGGUCAAGUGCAUCAAGACUACCAAUUUGCGGAGCGGCACCUCCCGGGCAAUGUACCAGUGCGUGAGGUGAUCAGGCCUCGGAUAGGGGAAGACGAUGCCAUCGGUGCCCCGCGGUCAGAACCACCAUACUACUUACUUCCCAUGUUCCAGCACUCGGCGGUUUCCGUCGUCGAUAAGGACUUGUUCAGACCAGAAAAUACGUUUUCCCCAGUAUCUUGACCAACCUCUUACUCCCGCCACAAAAUAGUCCAGAGCUCAACCAAGUCUCUCCCGUGAGUAAUCCACGUGGAGUGGAGGUGUUGUGCGGGUACAACCAGAUCUCCGUUCGCGUCAACAGAGGUCAACUACGGUUUAGGUGUCUGGCCUCAAUGCUCUUCCUGGGCGCUUGCCCCGUCACCCGGGUCACCACACUUUUCUUUUACUUCCAUUAUAACCUGAAUGACUGUGGCAGUACUCAAACGGUAAAAUGUGUUUGGGAUACAUUUUGACCACACUAUCCAUUAGGCGCACACUUAAACUGACGCUAAAAUAUGUACUUUUAUGCUGUUAAUUACUUCCAGACCAUGAAUGGCCAGCUGGUGUACUCCAGCUCACUUCGCUUUUCUCCAGAACCACAAGGGCCAGUGAUAAGAGCCAUACCUCUCAACCUCCCCAUUCAGUGCAUUUAUAACCGGUAUAGUGCCCAGUAGAAUAGCCUUUACCAUCCAUUUCCUUACCAGAUUCCACUACUCCUUACAAAGUUGGCUAUGUACCCGAGGUGCAUGACCGCUCUCUCUUGAAGAGUAUGAAUGGCAAACACAUCUUUAGGCUCACUGCAUGCAAUGGUAAGUAAACAUGUCCCAUUACAAGAGUUGCCAAGUUGAUUUAAGGUGCAGAGAAAGAGGGGCCAAUCUUUCUCUCCAAAUCUAGCGCAAUGGGAACACUUGUCGUCAGAAGAGAGCUACAUGCUUGGGGAGCCAAUGUACUUCAAAGCCUACGCUACUUUUGUCCCCAAAGAUGAGAAUGUGUUUGUUGAUUCCUGCUUUGUUACGCCAUUCAAGGACCCAAAUACCACACCCCGCCUCGAGGUCAUUCACAACUUUGGGUAAUCAAACACUUAAGUUCUCACACACUGAUGAAGCUAUAGCGUUUGUGUCUAUUCUAGUGAUGGGUAUAUCCGCAUGUAUGUGUUUUAGAUGUAUGGUGGACAGCAAGCGGAAAGGCAGUCAAUCCCAGUUCUUCUCCAGAGAGUCAAAUGUCCUGCUUUUCACUGUGGAUGCUUUCCUGUUCCCCCAAAUCACUGCUAAGGUUAGGCUAUAUCCUUUUAUGGCACACAAAUGUUACACUAGUGAAUAGUGACCUAUAUAAUAUCAUACUCUGUUCCACAGCGUCUCUACCUGCACUGUACUAUGACUGUCAGGAAAUCCACUUCAAAGCGGAGCGCCAAAUCCUGCACGUACAAUAGAGCAGUGGGAAGGUAAACUAUAUUUUUGGAGUCUCAACAGCAACCUUGCCCAAUCUGAUCUAUUUCUAUAUCCAGUGGUGGGGAAAGUACCCAAUUAUCAUACUUGAUUAAAAGUAAAGAUGCCUUAAUAAUACUCAAGUGAAAGUCACCCAGUAAAAUACUACUUGAGUAAAAGUAUUUGGUUUUAGAUAUAGUAUAAGUAUCAAAAGUAAAUGCUAUAAAUCUUUUCAAAUCCUUGAAUUAUGCAAACCGGACAACACGAGUUUUUAUUUAUUUAUGGAUAGCCAACAUUCAGACCAUAAUUUACAAACAAAGCAUUUGUGUUUAGUGAGUCUGCAAGAUCAGAGGCAGUAGUGAUGACCGCGAGUUCUCUUGAUAAGUGUGAAAUUGACCAUUUUCCUGUCCUGCUAAGCAUUCGAAAUGUAACAAGUACUUUGGUGUGUUAGGGAACAUGCAUGGGAGUAAAAAGUACAUUUUCUUCAGGAAUAACUGUAGUAAAAGUUGUCAAUAUAAAUGGUAAAGUACAGAUAUCCCCCAAAAAGUUGUACUUCAAAGUAUUUUUACUUUACACCACUGUCUAUCACAAUCAUGGUCUCAAGAAUUACGUCACAAGUUACAUAGACGAUGGUCAUGAUUAGUGUGUGUUGGACACUGAUAAUAAUGAAAUCAUUAAGUCAUUCAGUUAUGUCAUGCUACAGUAUUUUUUGCACUGGUUAACCAGGGGUUUAUUCACUAGAAACCAAACGGAAGCAAACCACUCGUUUUUGUUGCAAAACGUUUUCUGUUAGGAGUAAACAAUCUCUGUUGCAAAACGUUUCAGACUAAUGAUUACACCCCUGAUUGUCAUGGUUAUGUGUCCUGUUAGGUGGGAGGAGCUGUAUGUGCUCCUGCUGUGAUUCUGUCUGUGAGGUGUCAGAGAUUUGUAAGUAUACAACAUAGUUCAAGCUGGACCAGCUUUUUUCCCUCAUCUUAGAUUCAUUCUUUGAUACAAUGUAUGCUGAUCUGUAACCUGUGGUUUUGCCUGAUGUUUGUAACCAGGGCCAGCCUUGAUGUCUCCUUCAGUGAAAAGCCUGAUCACCCCAGUGAACCCUGGAGAGUGUUGGAGGGCAGGGAGAAGAGUUUGCCCAUUCAGGCUGAGGAGAGACAGUGAGGAAAGGGUGGAGGAGACCUUGGCAGUCACUUAUAGAGUGGAGGAGAAGGUGAAGUUUAAAAGCUUGGCAGUCACUCCUUGGGGGGAGGAGGAGAAAAACAUGUCAGUCGCUGUUAUGAAUAAGGUAGAGGUGGUGGAAGAGGGGGCGCAGGAAGGGACAGUUAUAGGAGUGAGAGGGGGUGUUAGCCAGAAAAGAAGUGGAGGAGGUGAUUGAGGACAAACGGGCUGAGAAGGUGAUUGAUGUGGAGGCUGUAGAGAAUGGCACAGACCAAGUGACAGAAAGUGUAACUUUGGAACAUGUACCUGAGGAGGUCAAGAUUGGCAAUAUUUCUGAGGGAAAUACUGUGAUGGUUAAAGAGGUAGAUCAGUGGAACAUGUUGAGUGUCGUCACCACGAAUGCUGAGGUGUCAAAGAAAGUUAAGGAGCAGGUUGCUGGGGGAGAAGGGUCGAAGGUUAAGAUAGUGGGGGUUGGACAGAUGCCUUUGGAGGACGAAGCGGCAGUGUUUCUGCAGGGGUACGUGGAGCCUGCCGAGUGGAGAGAAGACUACCAAGGACCAGCCCUAGAGGAGGAGGAGCUGGGGAGGUUUUGGAAACCAUCCACAAAGGUUAGUUUUCAUCUAGUCUAGUGAAUGUUUCAAUGCCGCGUUUUCAUCUAGUCUAGUGAAUGUUUCAAUGCCGCGUACUUGAGUUUUAAUGUCAGUUUCGGUUGCAAUCAUUUCAAGUGUUCAUGUCAUACCAGCUGUUUUAAAAUUGGACCUUUUUCUUAUUUUCAGGACAAGCUUGCUGUGCUGGAAACUUCUGUCCCUAUUGGAACAUUGACAUUAAAUUAA